GCUACCCUACAGACUGUUCAUGUCUGGGGGUGUUUCGAGAUUUGAGUGUCUUUUUCUGCUUUAUACUCAGUCGUUCUCCUGUCAUACGAAUCUGGAUCCAUUCAUCAAACUUACGGUACCGACAAACCCUUCAUUUGAUCGCUAAUUAGUAAACACUUUACCAUGACAGACAAAACGAUACCAGCACCUGGGCCGGCCAAGCUGAAACGAAAUGCUGGUCCAGAUGAAUGGCUUGAAGCAGCCAAGAACUGCAAAUAUCUAUCAGAGCAUCAUAUGAAACAAUUAUGUGACAUUGUAAAGGAAUUUAUGAUGGAAGAAUCGAACAUACAACCCGUCUCUUCACCUGUUACAAUAUGUGGUGAUAUACACGGACAAUUCUACGAUUUACUGGAGCUCUUUCGAGUAGCUGGCGGUAUGCCAAAUGAGACGAACGUUGAACCCCCGGCAAACACACCUCCAAUCAUUACAUCCGACGAUAUCGAGCCUCCUUCGACGAUAACAGACCCAAAAUUACGAAAGAAAAUCAGGAACGCAGGCAGUCUACAGGAUUCCGACGAUGCCAGUUCAGCAUCUAGCAGGGGUCGUUCCGGUAGUGGGUCGUCAAAAGAAGCUACUGGUCCUCCUCCUGGGAAUUUUGUCUUUUUGGGAGACUAUGUCGAUCGAGGUUAUUUUAGUUUAGAGACUCUGACUCUUUUACUAUGCCUUAAAGCCAAAUAUCCCGACCGUAUAACGUUAGUACGGGGGAAUCACGAAUCACGACAAAUUACACAAGUUUAUGGGUUUUACGAAGAAUGCUUUCAGAAAUACGGCAAUGCAUCGGUGUGGAAAGCCUGCUGUCAGGUCUUUGAUUUUAUGACGCUGGGUGCUAUCAUCGAUGGCAAGGUGUUAUGUGUGCACGGUGGAUUAAGUCCGGAGAUCAGAACACUGGAUCAAGUCCGCGUCGUUGCUCGAGCACAAGAAAUUCCGCAUGAGGGUGCCUUUUGUGAUCUUGUGUGGUCGGAUCCAGAAGAUGCAGCUGAUGUAGAAACAUGGGCCGUCAGUCCGCGAGGAGCUGGAUGGCUAUUCGGGAACAAGGUCGCAGAAGAAUUCUGCCACGUCAACGAUCUAACUCUAAUCGCACGAGCGCAUCAAUUGGUCAACGAAGGCUACAAAUAUCACUUCGCCAAGCAAAACGUCGUCACAGUCUGGAGUGCUCCAAACUACUGCUACCGAUGCGGCAAUCUGGCAUCAGUAUGCGAAAUCCGCGAAGACCUCAAACCUACAUUCAAGCUCUUCAGCGCUGUUAGCGAUGAUCAGCGACAUGUUCCUUCGUCGAGACCAGGACGUAGUGAAUACUUUUUGUAGAAUACCCAGACGACUCGUUUCCGUUUUGAUCUUACGCGGCCACGAUCUCUUAUCUAUUACUUUUAUUAAAUGAGGAAAUGGUCUGCAUGGCGUAUGGCGUGUGCUUGUUGGCUUGGUUGAUGAUGGAGCAUCGAUCUAGGAGAUUGAGGCUAUAUACCAAUUAUGAAUUUACGCGCCAUUUAUGAUAUAGCUUGCUGUGUACUUCAGGUUUCUGUUGCGUAGUGUUCGGAUAUUUGUAUUGAAACAUUCAUAUCGUAGACCGACACAUGACUUGGGAGCCUGAUAAUAGAUAUGUGGUAUGUA